AUGUGUGAAAAAAAGGAGGAAAAUGAAAAGAAAGACAAAGCCAACGAUAUUGAUGAUCACAUAUCAAAAAGAUAUGAAAUGAAAAAACGAUUGGGAAAGGGAGCCUAUGGAAUCGUUUGGAAAGCCGUUGAUAAAAAAAGUAGAGAAGUUGUAGCCGUUAAAAAAAUAUUCGAUGCAUUUAGAAAUCAAACAGAUGCACAAAGAACUUUUCGUGAAAUUAUGUUUCUUCAAGCAUUUAAAGAUCAUCCAAAUAUAAUUCGUUUAAGAGGACUUCAUAAAGCAUCUAAUAACAGAGAUAUUUAUUUAGUUUUUGAUUACAUGGACAGCGAUUUACAUCAUGUUAUUAAAAAAGGAAACAUAUUGAAAGACAUACAUAGGAGAUACAUAAUGUAUCAAUUAUUACGAGCAACGAGAUAUCUACAUUCUGGGGAUGUAAUACACAGAGAUCAAAAACCAUCGAAUAUUCUCAUAAACGCAGAAUGUAGAAUAAAACUAGCAGAUUUCGGAUUGGCGAGAUCUCUUGCUAAUUAUUAUACAGAAGAAGAAACGGAAGGACCGCCAUUGCUCACGGAUUAUGUUGCCACGAGAUGGUACAGAGCACCGGAAAUAUUAGUUGCAUCGAAAAGGUAUACAAAAGGAGUAGAUAUGUGGUCGUUGGGUUGCAUAUUGGGUGAAAUGCUUUUGGGAAAACCUUUAUUUCCGGGAUCAUCGACGGUAAAUCAAAUCGAAAGAAUAAUGGCUGCACUUCCCAAACCGACUCCUCAAGAAAUCAGCAACAUGUGUACCGGAUAUGGUAAAAGUUUAUUAGAAGGUGUAAUUGGACAAAAAACAAAUCUCAAAGACAUGAUAAAAUCAUCUUCGCAAGAAGCCAUCGAUUUAGUUACAAAAUUAUUAAUAUUUGAUCCCGGAAAACGAUUAACAGCAUCUCAAGCAUUGACUCAUCCAUACGUAUCAAAAUUUUGCAACGGUAGCGAAAUAUGUUUAGAUCACAGUAUAAUUCCACCGUUAAAUGACGAUGUUCAACUUUCGGUAUCCGAAUAUCGUAACAAACUUUAUGAGCUUAUAGCCAACGGUAAGAACACGAUAAGUAAAAAACAAGGAUCGACAUCGAGUUCGAGUAAAAACAAAACAUUAGACGUGGAUCGCAGUAGGAAAUCAAUAGAAAACGUACAAAAAAAACUAACUAAAUACAUUGAAAACAGAGGAAAAAGAGACGAAAUGACAGAUCUAAGAAAAUACAGGUCGUCGUCAUAUAAAAAUCAUUCAGUCGAAGAAUUAAGAGAAAAAUCUGGUUUUACAAAUCCGGUGAUAGCAACAAAAUCAGAGCCAAGUCAAAAAACAGUAGUUAAGAAAAUUGGUUCAAGUCCUCAACAUAGGCAUAAUGUUCCUCCAGUUCAAAAUCGUAACGAUUGUUGGUCUGAAUGGUCAUCGAAACCAUUUAUUGGAAUACAAAAUUGUGGUGACGAAUGUAAUUUAACAAAAACUUCCGGUCACGGUGGUCAUUUUAUAAAUGCAAGUCCAAAACCAGUAAAAGGAACAACAACCAUUUCUUAUCACCAAGAAAAACAUCGUCAGAAUAAUUACAAAUUUGGAAAUAUAUCAAGUCUGCCAAAAGUCGCCGUACAGAAAAACGAUUUUGUUAAUCAUUAUCCGGAUAAUACAUCAUCAUCAUCAUCUCUUACGAGGUGA